ACACUUGACUUCUGCAAGUUUGCAAAACAGUCGAAGAAAUUGUCCUUCGAGAAACUUGUUUUCGACGCUAUUGCCACGAAAUCUAAUCUGAAUCACACUUGCCCCUAUACACAUGAUAUCAUUGUGAAUAAUCUGGUGUUUAACGACAACUUCCUGCAGUCCUUGCCACUGCCACAAGGUGAAUACAUGAUACAAAUGUUAUUUGGCUCCGACAACAUCUGGAGAGUACAAGUCGAUAUCGUCAUCUUAAUAGAGGAGUGAAUCUAGUCGAAGCUUC